AUGACAGUCAUCAGUUACAAUCGACGUCUAUCAAUUGUGAUUAUUUUACUUACAUCAUUGGCCGUUCUACUAGUUGCAACAUCAGUCGCUGCUUUUGUUUAUGUUACACGAAAAGAAAAAGUUCUUCGAAAAUCCCAUUUGAUAUCUGUAAUCAUCAUAAUAUUUGUCGAACUUGCAUUUUUAAUUGCUGUUGUUAGUUGCUUUAGUAUUCAAUCGAAAAACCUCCAAGGCCAAAUUUUAGCUGCUCUUCUAAUUGUUCUCUCUUUUCUUGCUCUUAUGACACUCAUCUAUUUUCUACUCGAAGAUAUACUCAAAGAACGAAUCCAACCAUAUCCAAAUGAUACAACUACUUCGAAAUCAUUUACGGUACAAGAAACCAAACCAGCUAGUCGACAUGAUUCACUAAAACCAGCAGCUGUUGAUGAUACAGCAAUACCAAUAGCUACACCACCUAUACUUCCAUCAUGCCCUCGAAUACCAACUCCACCCUUACCACGCACAUCUCCCCCACUAGAAAAACCUGUAACUCCACCAUUACCAAUUAUAUUUUCUUUACCAGAAAAACCUGCGCCUGCAUCAAUUGAACCAGUGGUGACUGUAUCAUUAGAAAAACCUUCAUCACCAUUAACGACAAAACCUAUGACUCCACUUUCUGUAAAAAAUCUUUUUCAACUUGAAGAACAACUUCCACCAUAUAAUAGCCAUUUUGAAAAACUUCGUCGAGGUAUUAUUUGUCAAAAUAUAAACUCUAUGACAAAUCUUUGUUUAGAUUUGUUAGCAGCUAUUGAAGAACGAACAAUUCCAGCACUUGAAGAAGCUAUUCAACAAGUUAAAGAUCAUAAUUAUAUUCAACAAUUAAAAUAUGAAUGUGAACGAGCAUUAGAAUUAUUAAAUCGUUUAAUGAAAAUCGAACAUAUGAGAAUUAAAGUACUUCGACUAAAUCAAACAACAAUUGCUGAAUUACAUAGUUAUACAAAACCACCAGAUGAAGUUUCAACAGUGAUGCGUGCUACUUUUUUACUUCUUGGACAUUCAGAAAGAGAAAUACAAGAUUGGCCGCAAAUUCAAAAUAUAUUAGGUCGUUUUGGAAGAGAAAGUGUACGUCGUCGAUGUUAUGAAUUAAAUCCACUUAGUAUACCUGUUGAUAAAGCACGUGAAGCAAAAGAUAUAUUAAAAAAUUAUGAUUUAAUACGUGUUACUGAAAUAUCUGUUGGUUUAUCAGCAUUUUUCAAUUGGGCUAUGACAAUGAUUGAAGAACGAGAAAAAUUAUUAGAAUCACAACGAAGAAUUAUUCGAUAG